AUGGCGUCGCCACUCUCGGCAUGGUCGACGCAUUACGAUAUGAUUAAGCCAAACCUCUUACUACAGAGCUUGACAAAGCAUGAAGGCGAAGUGACAAAGAAAGAAAGUUCUUUUGAAACGUCAGGUAUCCAACAAUCUAAGGCAUGGGAGCUGGCCCUAUCGCCAACAAAGACAUUGCCGAUGAACUUUAUGAUGAUGUGGAUGAGCGGUAGCGGUGUACAGAUCUUUAGUAUGAUGGUUGUUGCAAUGAUGAUCACGAAUCCGCUCAAGGGGAUUCUGAAGACGACGCAAGUAUUUGCCCCAUAUUAUUCUCCAAAUCAUACGCUUCUCCCCCAGAUGCUUGCCUUCAUUGCUUGCCAUUUGUUGUGUGUAGCUAUGGGAAUCUACAAGUGCUGGAGCAUGGGACUUCUUCCCACUGAAAGUAGCGACUGGCUUGCUUGGUACGUCGCACCACAGCCCACAGAACUUUCCGCUUCCAUUGUCUAG